GAGGCAGGAGGUGCUCGUCCAGCCCCUGCCAGCACAACGGGGUGUGUGAGGACAACAUUCGUGGCUACACCUGCACCUGUACCGAGGGCUACGAGGGAGAGAACUGUGCUUUUGCCAAAAAUGAAUGUCACCACCACGCCAAGGAAGGAUGUCACCACUUCUGCUACCCUGGAAGCAACUCCUACCAUUGCUCCUGUGCUGAUGGCUAUGAGCUUGGGAAGGACAAAAAACAGUGCAUUGCAUUAGAUGAAUGUGCAUGUGGCAGACUUCAAGACAGUGCUAAUCUGAUAACUGAAACCAGGAAGAAACGUGAUGAGCCAUUUCCUUGGCAGGUCCUGCUGCUGAACUCAGAAGGGAAAGGGUUCUGUGGAGGAGUGCUGCUCAAAAGUAACUUUGUACUGACCACAGCAGAGUGUGCCCUUCUGCACAGCCAGCUCCAGAUCAGGGUUGGCACGGGGCCCAAUGGCACAAGUGGGGCUGAGAGGACCCUGCAGGUGAGUGAGAGGCACGUCCACAUGCACUAUGAGGAGGACUCUGGGGAGAACAACAUUGCCCUGCUCCAGCUCCAGGAGCACGUGGAGUGCAGCCACCACCAGCUGCCCGUGUGUGCCCCUGAAAGAGACUUUGCAGAACACGUCCUGAUCCCCAAGGUGGCUGGUACAGUGGGUGGCUGGAGGAUGGAAGGGGAUGAACUGCAAGGGGAGGAGCUGCAUUUUUUUGCUGAGGACUGCAAACAAAUGCUCAACAUCAGCCUCACCAACAGGCAGUUUUGUGGCCACCUCCAGGAGGCCACGGACAAACGACUGGCUGGAGGCAGCUUUUUAGCUACAGAGUAUAAAGGCACUUGGUUCCUGACUGGGAUCCUGGGAUCCUGGCCACGAGAAGACAGCAACUGGAAGGCACUUCUGUUCACUAACACUGCCAGGUACAUGAUAUGGUUGAAACAAAAAAUGAGAUGA